UAUCUCCGGAAGAGAGAGGGUGAGUGUAAGCGUGGUCAGAUGAGAACGAUUCCGGUCCCGCCCGCCUUUCCAAUCAACUGCGGAAGAAGUAAGCAAAAAGGCACUUCUGGGAGGGUGAAGGCACGCUUUCUGGGCUGCAACAUGGCGGCUACUAGUGGAACUGAUGAACCGGUUUCCGGGGAGUUGGUGUCUGUGGCACAUGCUCUUUCUCUCCCAGCAGAAUCGUAUGGCAACGAUCCUGACAUUGAGAUGGCUUGGGCCAUGAGAGCAAUACAACAUGCUGAAGUUUACUACAGGUUGAUUUCAUCAGUUGACCCACAGUUCCUGAAACUCACCAAAGUAGAUGACCAAAUCUACUCUGAGUUCCGGAAAAAUUUUGAGAAACUUAGGAUAGAUGUCUUGGUCCCAGAAGAACUCAAAUCAGAAUCAGCUAAAGAGAAGUGGAGGCCAUUCUGCUUGAAGUUCAAUGGGAUUGUAGAAGACUUCAACUACGGUACUUUGCUGCGACUAGAUUGUUCUCAGGGCUACACUGAGGAAAACACCAUCUUUGCCCCCAGGAUACAAUUUUUUGCCAUCGAAAUUGCUCGGAACCGGGAAGGCUAUAACAAAGCAGUUUACCUUGGUCUUCAAGACAAAGAAGAGAAAGGAGCCAGCAAUGGAAGAGAGAACGGAAGCAAGAAAGGAGCUGACAGUGGAGAAGAAGAGAAAGGAGUCACCAGAGAAGGAGAAAAAGAGAAAACUGACAAAGGAGGAGAAAAAGAGAAAGACACUGGCAAAGAAAUCAACAAAAAUGGUAAAAUAGCUAUGUAAGGUAGACAGGGAACAGCACUUUUGAAGCUGUGACUCAGACCGUUUUGGUUAAAUUUAUGUCCCUGUGGAAUUGAAGGACACUCAGAAGGACAUCUUUCUAGCCAUAUAAUCAGGAGCUGCUCUGGUUGUUCCCUUGUGUGAACUGGCUUAAGGACUAUUAGUAGGGUCUUAGUCGAUUCUUUCUUGUUAUACUGUAUUCUCAUCACUGGUCAAGUAAAAAAUCUUAUAAAUAAGUUUCUUUUGGUUCUUAUGAUUCUAUCUGUGACUGACUUUUAAAAGGUAUUUAAAUUCACUUGACUUUUUAAAUAUAAUCUCAUUGCCAUGUCUUAUAUAAAAUGAUUUAUGCCUGUUUCUUAAUUCCUGUCACUGUUUCUUCUAGUGAAGCUCUUUCAACCUGUUAAGUUGUACCUGGUGUUGGCAUUAGAAGUCCUUACAUAAGAAUUGACUUUUGCCCUUUGAGUGACUAUAGCUCUCUGAUUUUCUUUGCUAUAUCUAACAGAAGAUUUGAUAAAUACUCUAUGGGGAUAACAGCAGCAGCUUGAACCUCUCACAUUAGUGUACGCAGCCCAGUUCAUAUUAGAGGAGCAAGAAACUGGACCUGCUUUAGUACUUGCUUCUCUUUUGGUAGCCAGGUUGUUACCAGAAAGCUAGCAAAAUAAAUAAAUGUAAAGUCUGA